AUGCCUUCGAAAAGUUCCGGGAAUGGGAAGCCAGCAAAGCAGACCAAUCAAAGUGGUAAGAAAAAAAAGUCUGCCGACGAUGACUUCGACUCCAUUUUAGAAGCUGCUGUCCAACAAACGAAGGCAGAGGCUCUCAAAAACCAUAAGAACAACUCAACCGGCGGCCACGCCAAGCAUGGCCUCCCUUUGGUACAUAAAAGUCUAGCCGAGGACGAGCCUGUCGUCCCCAGCUCCGCGGAUCACUCGGAGAACCCUUACCCCGCCGCUGAGCCUGGAUGCCCACGGCAGACGUGGCCGGAGCCGACGGUGCCGAUCCGGAAGCAGUUUCCCUCCGGAAAAUACCCCUUAGGCGAGAUAUGCGACCACCCCGGUGAGAUCAACGCGUUUCGCCACAGCAGUGAGGAGAAGCGAGCCCUUGAGCGGGCGACGGAGCAGGAGGUGCAGGACCUCCGCCGCGCUGCGGAGGUCCACCGCCAGGUGCGUCGCUGGGCGCAGAGCUGGAUCAAACCCGGCCUCUCCCUGAUGCUCAUGACGGAUCGCAUCGAGAAGAAACUCAGUGAGCUCAUCGAGAAGGAUGGGCUGAGCUGCGGGCAGGCCUUUCCAACGGGGUGCUCGCUCAACCACGUCGCGGCGCACUACACGCCGAACACGGGGGACGAGAAGGUCCUUCUCGGGCGCGACGACGUCGUGAAGAUCGACUUCGGGACGCACGUGAACGGGCGGAUCGUGGAUUCGGCCUGGACGGCCUGCUUCAACCCCGUCUACGACCCCCUCCUGCAGGCGGUGCGGGAGGCCACCUACGAGGGCGUCCGCCAGGCCGGCAUCGACGUCCGCCUCGGCGACAUCGGCGCGGCGAUCGAGGAGGUGAUGGAGUCGCACGAGGUCGAGCUCAACGGCACCGUCUACCCCGUGAAGUCGAUCCGCAACCUCAGCGGCCACAACCUUCGCCCGUACAUCAUCCACAGCGGCAAAAGCGUCCCGAUCGUCAAGGGCGGGGAGCAGACGCGGAUGGAGGAGGGGGAGCUGUUUGCGAUCGAGACCUUCGGGUCGACAGGACGGGGGUACGUGACGGAGGACCUGGAGUGCUCGCAUUACAUGAUGGCCCCGGGCGCCGAGACGAUGCAGCUGCGCUCCGACAAGGCGCAGCAGCUCCUGCGGCACAUCCACAAGACCUACAGCACGCUCGCUUUCUGUCGGAAGUGGCUCGACCGUGAUGGGUUUGAUCGGCACCUGCUGAACCUCAACAGCCUCGUGGACCAAGGGGCCGUGAACAAGUACCCCCCUCUUUGUGAUAUCAAGGGGUGCUACACCGCGCAGUUCGAGCAUACGAUUUUGUUGAAGCCUACCGCGAAGGAGGUGCUCUCCAAAGGCGAUGAUUAUUAA